AUGACCGACCGAGUUGUUCAACAACCACUGGAAGAUGCUUCAAGACUUGAAGAAGAGGACGCUGCGUCUACAACUAAUCGGACGGAAGCACGGAGCGUCCCUUCUACAACGGAACAUUUUUCGGCCCUGGAGGACGACGAAGAGGCAGAACGUCAAGAUAACCUCCACCUCACGUACGUAACUCGAGCCGGAGAGAUUACCGAAGCAGCCAAGGCCUACUUGACUAGCAGAGAAGGUGAAGCUGCGUCUGAGAUUGACUUCGUCGACAACGUUCCCGUAGCCCCUACUGUCCCACCGUAUGAGAUUCAACGUAGAGAGCAGGUCCGUCUAGAAGAGCUGACCAUCGCCCAAAGGAGAUGUGAUGAAGCUCGAGAACGCGCCAACCAAGUUCGGGAAGAGUGCGAGGCGGCCCAGGCGGCCUUAAGGCAGUUGACCGUUCGACCAACGGAUCCGGAUCAGUUUUCUUCCGUCAGCCAGCAAGUGGCUAACGCAGAUCCUCUGGUGAAUGAAUGGCUUGCGCAGCAACGGCGCAUCAACAACAAACAAGAAACACCUGACGAUUGGAUUGACCAAUACAGCGCCGGUCUGCUACCCCCGGUCUCCAACAACCUUUCUGCCCGUUCUGCAGUCUCGGCGGAACUCGCGUCCUAUCGAGGGAAAUCUUUGGAGUGGUUCGAAUGGAUUGACCUCUUUCGGGCCUUGGUACAUGACACUCCAAAGUCGCCAGGGGAAAAAUUGGCCCUCCUGAAGCGAUAUCUGGAAGACGAAUGUCUUGACGUGGUGUAUGGUUUAGGCGGUGGCGAGACGGACUAUAUUCAAGCGUUGGUGCGUUUGAAAGAGACUUAUUGGCGUCGCGACGUCAUGAGAGCGGCCCAUCUUCAGGCUCUCGACCGACUGGAACUUAAAGGUGAAGCCGGAGCAUUCAAAAGAUUUGCCGAAAGAGUUCGUUCCCGUCUGUUCGAUCUUAGCCGAAUUGGGGAGAUGUCCACCGCCGACGUGAUAGAGAAAAUAUGCCUGAAAUUGAACCUUCAAGACAGACUCGCUUGGAACGAAGAGCGACACGGCCGCCUGGAGCGACGGAGUCUGAACGAUUUUGGAACCUGGCUCUGUUCGAGAGCAUCAGCCUACCAAAACGCAUAUAGUAUCGCUGUCAGUCAAGCUAAUUUCUCCGCUCCGAUGAACAAAGGAUUCAACCCGCGGCGAACGAGAAUUCACCAGGCGUCAUCAAAAACUCAUGAAGGAGGUAUCGACAUGCAGUCUAAUAAACCUUAUUGCUUCAAGUGCGAGAAGGGGCAUCGGCUGUCUGAUUGUAAGGACUUCAAGGCACUUCCCAUUGGCGAGAAGAUUCAGUUUUGCACGAGACGACGACUUUGCUUCAACUGUUUUAGCUGCAAGCAUUCUGUCCGUGAAUGUCCAACAAGCCGUCCAUGCAAACACACCGAUUGUCGCUACACCCAUCACCCUUUACUACACGAUUCAGAGAAGUUGCCGGUUAAGACCGUUCGUCCAUCUACGGCCCGAGCGGAGAAAGAACAUCGAGUUGCGCUGGGCAUGCUGCGACUGCAGGUACAAGGAAGCAACGGGGGUUGGUGCUGGGCCAACAUCUUCACCGGUGAGGGGAGCGACACUACCCUGGUGCGCAGCGCCUUUGCCACAUCACUCAAAAUCCGAGGCUCUCCGCAGGUCCUUACCGUAGAUGGUGCUGGUGGCGUGGUGACCAGUUACCCAUCCGAACUUAUACACUUCCAGUUACGUGCCGAAUCCGGUGAGAUCAUCACUCUCGAGGGGUCUACCAUGAAGAAGGUGGCAAGUCCAGCUCCGACAACCGACUGGAACAAAGAGAAAAUGCGGUGGCCCCAUUUACGAGAUCUGCCAGUAGGAGAGGUAGGAGGCAAGGUUGACAUCCUCAUCGGGACGGACCAUCUACACCUACUUGCCGCCCGAGAGUCGAGAGAAGGUGAAGAUUUCGAGCCGAUCGCGUCCAGGACUCGUCUCGGAUGGAUUAUUCGAGGCGUUACCAACAGAGAGGCUCAUGCCCCGGCAGUGCGCAGUUUCAUUAUUGCCGGCCGGACCCAAUUAGACCGGUUGACUUCUGAGAUGCGUCGCUUCUGCGACACGGAGGCGUUCGGAACGGAAUGCAAGCAAGGCUGUCUAUCUCCCGAUAAUCAGAGAGCUAUGGCGCUCGUGAAGGGGAAGACACGAAAAUUAGCCGUCGGUUACGAGGUUCCUAUCAUUUGGAGAGAGGGGGAACCGGACCUCCCGAACAAUAGAGCCAUGGCCGUCAAUCGUUUCCAGAGUCUACUGAGGAGAUUUCAACAUCAGCCGGAACUCGAACGGGAUUAUGAGGCCGCCAUGCAGAAGACCCUGGACCAAGGGUACGCAUCCCGUGUGGAGGAUCCGGCUGACGCGAAAUAUUUUCUCGCCCACCACGGCGUUUAUAAAGGGACGAAGCUGAGAGUUGUGUUCGAUGCUGCCGCCCCCUUCAGAGGGAAAGCUCUCAACGACGCCAUCAUAGGAGGACCAGCACUGCAACCAGCGCUGGCGGCCGUUAUCACCCGUUUCCGGCAGGAAGAGUGUGCCUGGGCUUCAGACAUUGAGGCGAUGUUUAGUCGCCUUCGUCUAUCUGCGGAAGAUGCGAGAUUUUUCUGUUUCUUAUGGAGACAGAAACCAUCUGGCAACAUGGUGACGUACAAGAUGGAUAGGUUGCCUUUCGGAGCAAGUUGUUCCCCGUUUGUAGCCAUUCAUACGAUCCAGCGGAUUGCAGAAGACGCUGGAGUAGAGGAAAGGGUGGCCGUUGCUGUUCGAGAACGGAUGUACGUGGAUGAUUAUCUGAGCUCCGCGCCAACCGUUCAAGAAGCUGUACAAGAAGCGCCCGCCGUGAGAAAAAUGCUAGCGGACGCGGAUUUGAACCUUCAACGUUGGGUGUCCAACUCGCCCGACUUCCUGCAGCAGAUGACCGUCAGCACCAGACUGAGUUCAUCAAAUAUUCAUCAGUUGGGGAGCAAUUUUGUCGAAGCGCCCGAUGUCAAGUUCACCAAGAUGGAGCUGGCCAGUCGAGUAGCCGGAGUUUUCGACCCCUUGGGCACCGCAUCGCCGAUUAUCGUGAAGGCAAAAAUCCGUCUCAGAAUGCUGGGACAGAGCGGACUACAAUGGACGGACGUAGUAGGCGAAGAAGACGCGAGCUGGUGGCUUCUCUGGUUCAAAGAGUUGCAAUGUCUGAACCGAGUUGCGAUGCCCCGUUGCUUAUUUCCAAAUCGUGAAAUCCUUGAGUCGUCGGAACUUCAUACAUUCUGCGACGCGUCGGAAGAGGCGUAUGCGGCCGUCCUUUAUGUCCGGAGUGUUUUCUCCAGUGGCCAAGUGGUGAUUCGGCAGGUGAAGGCGACCAAUAAGCUUGCCCCUAAAAAGACCAUAUCGGUGCCGAAACUUGAGCUGAACGCCGCAUUGUUAGGCGCCCGUAUGACCCAAGCCGUGCAGCAAGCUCUACCAGCCCAUAUUCAUCGUCGUCGAUUCUGGACAGAUUCCAGUACGGUGCGCAACUGGAUUCGCACCGCUGCAGCCAACUAUCAAGUUUUUGUGAGUAAUCGAAUCGGGGAGAUACAAACGAUUACCGACGAAGGCGAGUGGAGAUUUGUGCCUGGGCGGCUCAACCCUGCCGAUGCUGCCACUCGAUCCGCUUUGGAUGGGGAUAUCUUCCCGGCCAUAUGGCUGAACGGACCAGAUUUCCUUUUACAGCAUGAAGACAAAUGGCCAGUCGACCUUCCAUGGAUGAAGAUCAAGGAAGAAAUGCGGACGGUUCGAGUGUGUUCCGCGGCCCAAGUGGAGAAAACGGAUUGCUCCAAGGUCCAGCUCACACCCAGUGACAUUCCGCAGCUGUGUGCGUUGGAGGGAAAAUUCCUGGGUCUUGUUCGUCAGUGCCAAGAAGAGUCGUUCGCCGAGGAACUACAUCGACUUCGAAAGAAGAAGGCGCUCUCCUCCACCUCCUCUCUUCUAGCGCUUGCACCGAUCCUGAGUGAAGACGGACUACUUCGUUUAGGCGGGCGUGCCGGUCGGGCGCGCUUGCCGUAUGAUCAGCUACAUCCACCAUUUCUUCCGGGUCGGCAUCCCUUUACGGAGAGGAUCGUCGUCGCUUUUCAUCAGAGUCUAAACCACGUCGGAACAGACUUUCUUUUGAGUUAUAUUCGCCAACAUUUUUGGGUGACUAAAGGCCGAGAAGUGGUCAAGAAGAUUCGACGCGACUGUGUAAUCUGCCGACGCAACCACGCGCAGCCGGGUGAGCAGAUAAUGGCGGAUCUAACGGAGUCUCGUCUCGAUUUUGGUUCUAUCCCUUUCACUCGAGCUGCUGUGGACUUAUUCGGUCCACUAGAAAUCGGAUUGUAUCGAAACAAAACCGCAAAACGUUGGAGUGUGCUGUAUACUUGUCUCGUCACCCGUGCCGUUUUCUUGGAGUUGGUGCCGUCGUUGUCCUCUUCUGACUUUCUUCUUUCUCUCAGAAAAUUCGUCGCCAUGUAUCGCAGUCCAGAAGUUCUGCACUCUGACAACGGGACCAAUUUCGUUGGUGCGGAAAGAGAGCUGCGUGAAGCAACCGACGCAUUGUAUGCAUCCGAAGAGCUUCCAAAGUACAUGCAGGCUUCCCGCAUAAAAUGGACAUUUCAGCCUCCACGGACUCCGCAUUUUGGCGGGGCCCAUGAAUCAUUAGUCAAGUCUACAAAGAGAGCGCUCUACAACGCUCUGGAGCAAGAGAAAGGAGAUUUUCGUUAUCCAUCAGAAGAUCUUCUGCGUACUCUACUCUACGAGGUAGCUGGGCUCUUGAAUACUCGUCCAUUGACCUACGCAAGCUCGGAUCCUUCCGACUUCCGCCCGUUGACGCCCAACGACUUCCUGAAUAGAGCUCCCACUGCUUACCCACCCGCCGGAUUGUAUAGGACUGGCGUGCCAACUAUUUCCAUUGUCGGUGGUAAUCCCGCUAACGCCGGUGAAUUUCCUAACUUGGCCCGUUUGAGUUUGAGUGGAUCUUUGUGUGGUGGAACUUUGAUUGGAGAAAUACUACAUAUCGUGACAGCGGCUCAUUGUGUUUUUGGUAACACCGAUCCUACCAACUUCGUUGUGUAUCUUAACACGUUGUCAAUUUCCGGUGGAGGAGACGGUUCCGUUACAACAGGAGUAUCAUCCGUUAUUAUUCACGAAGCUUACGACAAUGCAACUAAAACGAAUGACAUCGCAUUACUAGUGUUGAGAGAACCGGUGAAGAAUAUCCCAUUUACCACUCUUCCGACGGACGACGCAACAACAGAUCAGCCAACAGCGGAGCCUAUUACGGAUGCGCCUACCGAUGCACCUACAGAGCCGCAAACGGAUGCACCUACGGAAACGGCAACGGAACCGCCAACAGAACCGCCAACGGAACCCACAACGGAACCCACAACUACCACAAAACCUACUACUACCAAAAAACCCACUACUACAAAACAACCGACGACCACUAAAAAACCGACAACCACCAAAAAACCGACGACCACCAAGAAACCGACGACCACCAAGAAACCGACGACCACCAAAAAAACCGACUACCACAAAAAAAAACCGACAACCACCAAAAAGACAACGGCGAAUAUAUGA